CUGCUCAGACCAACCAGAAGCCAACCGGAGUUAAGGAAGAAGGGAAGGAAAGCCACCCGAGCAAGCGGAUCACAUCGAGGUAGGGGAGGACCGGAGGAGCUGAGCUCAGCUCGGUGAGGGGUGGACUGGGAGUGCGUGGGUGGGUGUGAUGGAGUGGACGACGGUGGAGGCGGCGAACGGGGCCAAGCUGAGCGUGCGGCUGUUCAAGCCGGCGGCGGGGGCGGAGGCGGCGGCGGCGGAGGACGUCGCGGUGGUGCUGGUGCACCCCUACACGAUCCUGGGCGGCGUGCAGGGCCUGCUGCGCGGGAUCGCCGAGGGCGUCGCGCGGCGCGGGUACCGCGCCGUCACCUUCGACAUGCGCGGCGCCGGGAGGUCCACCGGCCGCGCCUCGCUCACCGGCUCCACCGAGGUCGGGGACGUCGAGGCCGUCUGCCGCUGGGUCGCUGACAAUCUCAACCCGCGCGGCGUCCUCCUCGUCGGCUCCUCCGCUGGAGCACCAAUAGCGGGAUCUGCAGUUGAUAAGGUUGACCAGGUCAUUGGUUAUGUUAGCAUUGGGUACCCAUUUGGUCUAAUGGCCUCGGUCCUAUUUGGCAGACACCACAAUGCUAUCCUCAAGUCUGAGAAACCAAAGUUAUUCGUCAUGGGAACUAAAGAUGGCUUCACAAGUGUAAAGCAGCUGCAAAACAAGCUCAAGAAUGCAGCAGGACGGGUUGAUACUCACUUGAUCGAAGGAGCUGGCCACUUCCAAAUGGAAGGCCCUGCUUUUGAUGCACGAAUGGUUGACCUUAUUGUUAAUUUCAUCAAAUCCUUGCCCAAAUAGCAUUGACAGUGACUGUGUGCAAAUUUGUCAUGAUUGUAGUGAGUUAGUGACAAACAAAAGAAGCUAUUGAACAGUGCAUUCAUGGUGUGUAUUUUCUCAUCUUGUAAUUGUACACUUGGUGUUGUAAUUUUAGUUCAAUCCGUGUUUCUUUCGAAGCCUAGUGUAAGAUGAUGAGUUUCAGAUACAAUACAUUUACAGGAUAUGACAUUUCAUGGUUUCAGUCA